AUGACCAAAGGUUGCUACACCUGUCGACGACGUCGCAUCAUCUGUGACAAUGGCCAACCCACCUGCCGGAAGUGUCGAGAUGCGGGAAAGGAAUGUCUGGGGUAUCAGAAGCCGCUUGUUUGGGUCAAGGGUGGUGUGGCUAGUCGAGGCAAGAUGAUGGGACGCAGCUUUGAUGAUGUGGAAAAGCCAUUGAACAAACCAAAACGCCGACCUGCUGAGGUAUCCGACUCUACCGCGACAGGCAGUGGGUUUGGGUUUUUUUCCAUUGCUGAGUCCUUCUCCGACGCUGAAUCACAUAGCUCUGGCACCCAGCCUAGUCCGGAAACAGAUGGAUGGGCAUUGGACGCAGUGGAUAAUCUACCUGGAGACGAAGCUACACACUUGGAAUUUGAUCCCACUGAAGAGGAUAAUUCUGUCGUUCAUGUUUCACGGAGUGCUUCUCCCAGUACCGACUAUGUUCCAGCGCCAUGGGGAUUGGUAGAUCCGUUAUUCAAGGAUCUCAGUCAGUACUCACGGUACUAUGUAUAUCACUACAACCAAUAUAUGGUGAACGACUUUGCGCUCUACUCCCAGUCUAAAAACCCCUUUCGAGACAUCACAGCCCUGGUCAAUCAUUCCCCAGUUCUUGCGCAUAGUAUCUCCGCCCUCGGGGCUCUUCACUAUUCACUCCUUUCGGAGUCGGAUUCCUCUCCUAUGCCGUGGUCAUCUAGCAGUCAACCUUUGGAGAACUCACAUUUGACUGUGAAAGAAAUUGAGGACAUAGUCGCGCCAGCGAGUUCGAAGAAACCCACUUCCCAAGGAUAUCAGCACUUCUUAGAAUUCAAGCAGCGCGCUCUUCGCCAAUUGUCCCUGGAUCUUGGCAAUCCAGCAAUGCAAAAAGACGGCAGGACGUUAGCCGCCAUCGUCUUACUUGCUUUCUUGGACAUCAUCGAGUCAGGCAGUGGAGCAUGGAGCUACCACAUAGAGGGCGCAAAGAAACUUCUCAAAGACCGACCUGAAAAUGGUCUGGGACGAGGAAUCCUCGAAGACCUGGACGCAUUCGCCCUGGACGGGUGCUUAAUCAUGGAAAUCAUGGGCUCAACACUCGCCCGCCCAGGUGCCCUCUCCAAACCCUUCUACUCCUCAUCAAUGGGACCCUCGAUCCUAAAACGCCUAGAAGAAAACUCCUGGGUCGGCUGCCCAGCCUACCUCCUCGAGGUAAUAUUCUUCGUCCACACCCUAUGGUACUCCGACUCCGAGAUAGCAACCACAACCCCCCAACCAACAGCUCUCCCAACAACAAUCCAGCCAGGCCAACCCCUCACCCUAUCAACAUUCUCAACCCUCCUACAGGGAAUUCGAAACUUCGAUCCAGUAGCCUGGAGCGAAGAAAUGCAAACGGUAUUCUUCAUCCCAGACCUAACAUACCGCCUCGCCCUGGCAACCUCCUACCAAGACGCCGUCUACCUCUACACCAGUCGUGUCCUCUCUCGCAAACGACCAGGCUUCGAUCCACCCUGGUCUGAUGUUGGCCUGCCAGCUGAUCAUGGAUUCAUCGCUACAAAUCUCAUUACGCAGAUUUGUCUGAUCCCGCCCUCGGAUCCGCAUUUCAAAUGUCUGAUCUGGCCUACUUUUAUUGCUGGUGCUGAAUGUCGUCCCUCGCAGCGGAGACUAAUCCUGGAGAAACUGGGCUCGCUUUAUGAGGCUUUGACUAGUGUUAAUGUAAGGAAUGCUGCUUGGGUUCUGAGACUUAUGUGGCAGAAGCAGGAUACCAAGCGCCGGGAGCGUGAGAGUGGUGAUAGUGCUGACGAUGUCGAUCUUACCUUUGAUUGGAUUGAUGAGCUGGAUUCCUCUCGUCUUGACUGGCUUUUUAUUUAA